AAAAAGUUGGGUGGGAUAACAACCCUAGUACUAGUCAAGCUUGUUGUUUUGUUGAUAAAAUAUCUUGUUAUGUGGUGGAUAUAUGUUCCAUGAAAAAAGCACCUUAAAAGGCGAUUAAUCACUCGCCAAGUGAUAUCGUGAUUAAUUAGUCGCUGUAUACUCCACUCUCACUAUUUAUAAGUAAACGAUGUUAUUAUUUAUUUGAUUAUAAGUUGACCUAUAUAUUAUUUAAGCAGCAAAGAAGCUGGAAAGCGAAAUGUGGGAUCCAUGCAUAUCAUGUUCAAAGAAAAUAUUAGAGAACGUAGCAGUUUAGUGGAUCCACUUCAAAGCUUUCAAAUUAACUAGAUCCUUUUGUUUCUUCAACUAAUAAUAAAAUUAUCUAAACAGAUAAUUUUCAAAUCUUUAAUCCUCCAAACUUCAAAAUUAAGCUCCUACUCCCCUUCCUUAUGCUUAUAAAAGCAUCUUCUCCUCUCACCAAAUUGCAAACACCAUCACCCUAUACCACAAAAUCUCUCUCUCUCUCUCUCUCUCUCUCUCUCUCUCUCUCAAAGGCAGUUUGGCAUGAUGUCGAGGUCCAACCAACCACUAACUUUGGGGAGAGUAGUAGGUGAAGUAGUGGAUGAUUUCACCCCUAGUGUGAAAAUGAAUGUUACUUACAAUUCCAGCAACCAGGUGUGUAAUGGCCUGGAGUUGAUGCCUUCAGCUAUUACCGCAAGGCCUCGAGUCCAGAUAGGUGGCGAGGACAUGAGAACAUUCUACACACUUGUCAUGACAGACCCAGAUGUUCCAGGCCCUAGUGAUCCAUACCUGAGAGAGCAUCUUCAUUGGAUUGUUACAGACAUUCCAGGUACAACAGACGCUUCCUUUGGGAAAGAAAUGGUGGAGUAUGAGAUACCGAAGCCAAUCAUCGGCAUUCAUAGGUAUGUGUUCAUUCUGUUCAAACAGAAGGGGAGACAAACAGUUGAGGCACCUCCAUUAAGAGAUCAUUUCAGCACCAGAAAGUUCUCAGAAGCCAAUGGUCUGGGCCUCCCAAUGGCUGCACUCUACUUCAAUGCACAGAGAGAAACUGCAGCAAGAAGAAGAUGAUCUUCAUCAUCAUAUGAAACUAAGCCACAGAGAGAGAGAGAGGGAGACAGAGGAAGGACGUCCUCUUUACUCUUUACUCUUUACUUUUUACACUUUCGUCAGCACUUUAGGGUUCUCUAGGGUUUGUUUUGUCUGUAAUGUAUGAUGUGUUACGUACUGUACUAGUUAUAAGUAGACUACUGGGUCUUGAGCGACCUUUGUUGGUUGCCAGAGAGAAAGGACAUGUACGAGGAUGUCCAACUCAUCUUUUGCACGCCAUGCAUGGACCAGUAGAGAACUUGAUCAUUAUUAGUUAUA